AUGCUCAGAACUAUCCCUGCGAGCAGGACACGGAAACGAAGUAGUUCUACACUGAAAUGUGCGAGGACUAAGAUCGUCAUGCCCCUGACGGUCCUCAGCAAUCAUGACGUUCGAUCCCUUCUCCUAUCACUAACCGGAGAUGAAAUUCGAAAAUUACAAGCGAAUCUUGCAGAAGCAUUGAGGACAUACUCCACCGGAAAUCAGGAUCCCGGGUUGCUUCUCAGAGAAUCAGCCACAAGGUACACGAUAUGCAGAAAGAAUGGACUGACCACAAUGUUUCUACCCGCGAGCACGGGUUCAAGUCUCGGGUUUAAGAUCAUGACUUCAGCGGAGGAUUGUCACCCCGGCAACUAG